CGAACACACACCAUCAUGGAAGCAAAAAAGUGGUACAUUUUUCUACUGUUUCUCACGAUCAGCAACUUUGCGAGCAUCGCCUCAUCUCUUCAGCAUUCAGCCACCCUGAAAAGUUUCGACAAACUAAGCACCGAGUGCUCCCAGUAUCUCCCAUCGAGCAGCGCAUCCUACAACGUAGAGGACUGUUCCGAUCGCUGCCUUGGUCUGGUCGGACGCUUCUGGAACGAUACCAUCGGUAGGACGUCCAACUCAGUUUCUCGAUUCUACCGCCCGGAUUCGUGCGACCAGGACUACGUCAACCGCACCCUUCAGUGCAUGUGCGAAACAGUGCAGAGCCUACCUCGAAAUGCCAGUUGUCAGCGGGCAAGUUGCAGCAUGCAGUGUUACCGUGAUCAGUUUGGCCACUUGAUUAAUCGGGAGCCACGGUUUGUUCCGGUCAACGAACUGAAAACCACCCAAAUUUUCCUGGAAUGUGCCCAGAUUCUUCAGAUACCAUCUGAACAACUAGGGCAGAUUUUUACCGACGGAUGCAACAAAACUGCUGAGGGACGAUGCUUGAUGCGUUGCUAUUUAUUACGAGCUGGAUUGUACAGUGACUGUCGAGGCCCAGAUAUAGGACGGUUUUCUGUACAGUGUCAAGGUUACAGCAAGGAGUACGAGCAAUGGGUUACCAAAUGUUACGCUGGAUUGAGAGCGCAGCAGCUGGACAGCUGUACGCUGGCCACGCGAGUUCUUGACGAAUGUAUUCAGGGAAACGAGUACAGCAAUAGUGACCAGUUGGUGAAUUUUGCUGGUUUAGUUCUCACUGCUUACGGACUAACCAUGGAAGGACUGUAUUAUGGACUCGUUGGAAUAUUGUUCUCUUAGGGAAGAUUUGGCUGUCAACUUGUUAUGGUAAAAUAAAAGCACUUAUUCCAUAUUUGAAGUUCAUUUCGUGAAAGAUUUCCUCGUUGCGUUGCACCGAAGUAUUUUGACCAGAAAGGAGGCUCCAGGAAUUAUUUCAGAAUUUGGUUCAGGGAUUUUUAUCCACUAAUACCUUUCAGUCAUUUUGCAAGAAAUUCUUUCAAAAAUUCCUCCAGAAGUAUCUCCAGGAGUUCUUCUAGGAGGGCUUGCUUCCGAACUUUCUUCAGGAAUCCAUUUAGAAAUUAAUUGAGAGAUUUGUUCAAGAGUUCCUCCAGUACCUUUGACUACAACUGCACAAAUCGCAGUAGUAGUUUUAACGGCUUUGGGACAGAAGGUCGAAGGACAAAUGGUCGAAGGACAAAAGGUCGAAGGACAAAAGGUCGAAUGGACAAAAGGUCGAAUGGACAAAAGGUCGAAUGGACAAAAGGUCGAAUGGACAUAAGGUCGAAGGGACAAAAGGUCGAAGGGACAAAAGGUCGAAUGGGACAAAAGGUCGAAUGGGACAAAAGGUCGAUUUUUAGUAGACCAAUUUACCAGCUGGUAUUUCUCGCUUAUAAGACAAACAUUUUUGAGAAGUCUUUGUUGCCGCUCAUUGAAAGAAACAUUGUAGUGCUGUUAUAGUCACUAACAUUUCCAUAGGAAAUUUUUCCUUCUUUUGUUUGUAGGCUGUUCUUUCAAGUUUCGUUAAUGUAGUAUUUAUUUAAUGGCAAUUUAGUUUAUUUUUUUGUUCAGGAAUUUUUCCUUCUUAAAUUUAUAGGCUGUUCUUUUAACUUUUGUUAGUGAAAUAAUUAUUGACUCCUUAGGGACUUAUUUUUCAAUCAGAAAUUUUGCCUUCUUCUUUUCAAUAUCUGUUCUUUCUAACUGUACUGCAGAAACAUUCAUUAACUACUUGUGCUUAGUGACUUUAUUUAAUCGCAUUAAUGAUUGGAAUUUCAAAUGAGAAUAUUCCGAUCUAUGAUUCAUCCUUCUUCAACCCAUAAGCUGUUCUUUCAAGGAAUCAGAGAUGGCAUGCUCCUCAGUGCGAAACGUGUGAAGAGAAAACAUACACUCUACACGCAGAACUCGAUGUACACAGCGCAACGAGUAACUUUCACGCAGCGACCGAAAAGACAAAAGUAUUUUCACGCAGAUUUGUGUAACACCGGAUCAGCACAUUUUUUUGUGUUGAUCCAGUCGUACACAAAUAUGAGUGAAAAAUCUUCUGUCUUUUUGCUCGCUGCUUAAAAGUUACUCGUUCCAUUUAAGGGUGUACACACGACUUUCAACGAGAGCGAGGGUGAACUACGCAACUUUUUUCACACACAAACCACCCGCUCACCCUCAAAAUGAGUGCUCAAGCAAAUGUUACCACAAACAUGUUUUUUUCAGUUUCUGCGUGCACAUUUUGUGCGCGCAGAAAAUGUGCACACAAAAAUUCGUGUUGAGAGCGCACUCAGCCGUGCUUCCAGUGCAAUACUGUGUGUACCACAGGAGUAUAAAAGCAAUGAGAGUCUAAUAGAGGUGAGGAAGAAUAUACUUCGUGUGCGUGAGAUCCGUGUCUGGUACAAAACAUGUCACUACUACAAGCAAAGCCAGCUCCCAUAAGAACGCGUGUCAAAUAGUGACGUCGCUAUUUGUGUUCACAUUUUUCUCUGCUUACUAAUACAUAGCCAUCUCUUCUUCUUCCCCACCUGUAAUAUACUCUCAUUGGUAUAAAAGUACUUGCUUGUCUAAGACAUCACAUAAAUCACAGACAAAUAGAUGUGACACUAACGAAAUUUCAAUCUCAUAUAUCUUAUGAUCCUGAUUACUUAGAAAGUUGGUGUCUUCGGCAAAGUUGUUUGACUGGUCAAGGACUAACCGAUAAUAAGAUUUAAGAUUCAAAAUUCCACCGCUAGGCGGUGCUAGUGUGCCAAAAAAUUUUGUUUUUCAUAAAUAUCAGGAAAAUUUGCCAAAAAAUGCAACUAGCGCCGCGUAGCUGUUGAAACUUGAACCAAACGGUAAUUAUUCUGAAAGCCCUUGAUCUACCAAACCAUAUUGCCGAAGACACCAUCUUUCUACAAAAUGAGGAUGCUGAGAUAUGCGAAAUUUAAAAUUUGUUUGCUCUCUAGCGCCGCCUAGUGGUAGAUUUUUAAAUCUUAAGUCUUAUUAUCGGUUAACCCUUGACCAGCCAAACAACUUUGCCGAAGACACCAACUCUCUAAGUAAUCAGGAUCAUGAGAUAUAUACCGCAUUUAGUUCACCACUGGACUGCCGCAAUUCUGCAAAGUGACGUAAGCGACAUUGAUAGUUUUGGCCCAUUUUUUGGUUAUUAUGCAUAAAACUCUUGCUCAUCCUCUAAGUUUCUUUCCAUAGAUGACAGAUUACGACUAGAUCUUGCAUUCUAAUACAGCAGGCAUACCUCAGUGUUAUUUUUACACCAGAUAUUAUAUAUAAUAUACCAAAAAAUAUCGGCAUUUUGAAUGGCGCUUACGUCACUUUGCAGAAUUGCGGCAGUGGACUGCGAACUGCGACUUCAUAAGUGCGAAAACGUAAAUAAAAGUGCGCGAUUGCAUCAAAUCAGGUUGAUGUCUUCGGCGCACUAUUUCUUCAAUCUAUGGUGAACAAGUGCUCUGAAGACACCGAGUUGAUUUGAUGCAAUCGCGCACUUUUGUUAGCGUUUUCGCACUCGUGAAAACUAGUGCGAUAGUCCAGUGGUGAACUAAAUGCGCUAUAUGAGAUUGGAAUUUCGCUAGUGUCACAUCUACUUGUCUGUGAUUUAUGUGAUAUCUUAGACAAGCAGAUGCAAAACUGACAAAAUUUCCAUCUCAUAUAUCUCAGGAACCUGAUUACUUAGAGAGUUGGUUUCUUCGGCAAAGUUGUUCAGCUGGUCAAGGGCUUUCAGAAUAUGGGCCGUGUGAUUUGUGAUUUCACCGCUAGGCGGCGCUAAAUAGCGUACAAAUUUUACAUUUCACAUUCUGAUUCUUUAGAAAGAUGAUGUCUUCGGCAAAAUUGUUUGGUAGAUCAAGGGCUUUCAGGAUAAUUAUCGUUUGGUUCGAGUUUCUGCAGCUAGGUGGCGCUAGUUGCAAUUUUUUGCAAAUUUUCCUGAUAUUUAUGAAAAACAAAAUUUGUUAGCUCACUAGCACCACCUGUUGGUGGAAUUUGGAACCAAAAUAUUCAUCAACUGUAAGUCCUUGACCAGCUUAAGACGUCUGCUUGUCUCUGAUAUCACAGGAUUUGAUACCCCUUAGCGGGUUUUGGACUUACUGGCAUGCUUUCGGUUCACCAAAUGCUCACACAACACUGACCCCUUUAAACACACUGCGUGUGCACUGAGUUCUGUUUUUUCUGCGUGCGCGCAGAAAUUGCGCCCUGGGAUUAUGAUCUGCGGGCUCUCAUUGCUCUCACGCAGCACUCUAAUCACCUGCACAAAAACUCUGCGUGAGAGAAAUUAUGUACAUUUUAUUGUGCGUUUUUUCUCUUUCUCUUUUGUAAGGUAAAUGAAACUGAGAAGUUCAGUGAAAGAUGAGCGUAAAUGGGCACAAUUUCUGCGUGACAUGCCAUGCAAGGAAUAUUAUUUUCCAUAUUUAACCUUAACUUAACAUUACUUUUCAUCAUUUAUGGGCAUCUAUUUCGAAUUGUAAUGCGGUAAAAAUUGCUGCAUAUAAGCUAUUGCAAGUUUUAGAAGACACUUUCCUUUUUCCAAUAAUGAUUGUUUUGAAGUUGUUGAAUAAUUUUUCUAUCACUCGUUCUAUUUUUUAGUCGUCGUUUUUCUGUCGAAUUCUGAUCACUUUUUCAUGUCUUCCAAUUUGUCUUUAGUCUAUUUAACCUCUUUACCCUUUCAGACCUUUUGUACAUUCGACCUUUUGUCCAUUCGACCUUUUGUCCCAUUCGACCUUUUGUCCCAUUCGACCUUUUGUCCAUUCGACCUUUUGUCCAUUCGACCUUUUGUCCAUUCGACCUUUUGUCCAUUCGACCUUUUGUCCUUCGACCUUAUGUCUUUCGACCUUUUGUCAUAGAUUCGUUUUAACAAGAGUUCCCUCAUAAACAAAUUAUUUUUCUUACAAUAUCCAGAACUUUCCCUGGAGAUUUCUUCAAUAAUUGAAGAAUUUCUCCAGUAUUUUCAUGUAAUUUCAUAGAAAACUUUUGAAUUCCAAGGAAAUCCAAGGAAACCCUUGUAAGAAUUUUCCUAAAAAUCGCGUGAGAAAAUGAGUUCGGCGACGUGGAAAAAUAUGAACAGUGGCACAUUGAGUCAACUUAUAAAUAAAUUCCUUUUCAAUGAGGUUAUCAAGAAUUCUUCUUGAAAUUUAUUUACAAUUAUCCUUGAUUACCUCUAAGGACACCAACAGAAAUUCCUUUGGGGAUUCUUUUAGGAUAAAUCAAAAUUGUUCUGGAAAGUUCACAGAAUGGAGUAUGCAUCCAUGUUCCGGUUUAUUUUUUUAAACAUUUCUCCUGGGAUUCCUCUAUAAAUUCUUUCGGGAUUGCUCCCAGCAAUUUUCUUCAGGAGUUAAUUGAGAAUUUUUUUACAAGAUUCAUCUUGGUACUGGUCCACGGAUUUCUUUAAUAUUCCUUAAAGGAUUCUAUAGGAAAUUCCUUCAAGGAUUGCUCAUCAGUUCACGCUUGUAAUCCUUCAUAUAUUUCUUCAAACCUUUCUGAAGCAAUUCCUCCAGAAACAUUGUAAGAUUAUUUUUCCAGAAACUUUUCUUUGAGAUUUCUCAGAAAAUAAAGAAAUUCUUCUAGGAUUUUCUUCUGGUAUUUCUCCAUGAAUUCUCUAAACGUUUCUUCAAAAGAUGCAAUUCUAGGAGAACUUUUCACUAAGAUUCGAAAAUUUUCUUGGAAAUUUCUUUAGGGUUUUCCUUCACAGUUUCAGAUGUUUUUCUUGAAACUUUUCAAGAAAUAACGGAGCAAUAUUUUUAAAAUUGGCUUCCAUAUACAUGUAGAGGAAACAUCAAGGUAAAUUCUAAUUUUCUUUCUGAGUGAAAAAUAUGUCUCUUUUUUUCAGAAACCAUUUUUUAAUACAUUUUGAUUAAAAAUGGUUUCUGUGAGAAUUGAAAAGUUUUUCGACUUGCCUUGAACCUUCCUCUAAAUGUGAAUGAAAACCAAUUUGGAGAAUAUCGAUCCGUCAUUUGAGAAAAUGCAUUCAGUUUCGCUUUUCGAGAUUAACCAGUAAGAAUCCUCGGAUUUGUUUUUCUAGAAAUAAGGUUUUUCUUUAUUUAUAUUCAAUCUUUCGUAUUACGACUUACGAGCCUUAUUUAUACAUUUUUAUUGAAUAUUAAAAUUAAUCUGAAAUAAAUUCUGGAACAACAAGUUUAGUAUUUAAUGGUGCAAGAUUUUGGGAUGUUUCUAUUAAUUCAGAUUUCUUUUUGCAUCUUUAAAUAUUUAACACGCUGGAAAUGAAGUGCCAAGUUCAGCAGUUGGAAUUUCAGGAAAACCGAAAAUCAGUAGAAAAAUACAUAAUUUUGUUAGGUAUUCGUCGCUAAAUUCUAUGUAUAUUUAUUUUUAUCGAACUUCGGUAGAAUUUUGUUUAAUCUUCCAAAACCAAAACCUUUACAGAAAGCACUAAUAAAAAAUAUAAAUGGGGGCAUUUUUAACCCAUUCUGAUUCAUUUAUAUCGAACUUUAUGUACGUAAAAUACGAUUGAAAUUCCUUUCAAAGGAUAUUCUUAAAAUUCAGCAGAAGCGUUAAACUGCCAGUAUAUCUAGCAUUUUUUCUAUGAAUUUUUAGGUUUUCUUUAGCUUUAAAAUGUGUGAUAGAAUCCCUAAAAUAUGAUGAUUUCUAAAGUAUUACAUUGAGCCGGAAAGUUAAAAGUUCAAAUUUGUAUUAUCUUUAAUAUCAUAAACUUAUCAUUAAUUUUUAAGACAGAGAAUUAACUAAAUCUUAUUAAUGUGUAUUUGAACCAAAAAGAGAGCUACAAAUUAAAAAAUAAACUUCAAAAUGUCUAAGAAGAAGUGUUACGUAACGGAAGCUAAUCGCAACCUUUCAAUAGACAUUUUUCAAACAAUUACACUUAUUUAACAAUGAAAUUACUCAAAAAAAAAAUCUAAAAUUUCUAAAAUGACAUGUUAUGGAAAUACGUGCUGGUGGGUCGCCAUAUUCUAUGCAAAUAAAAAGUGGGUCGCAGGCUGAAAAAGUUUGAGAACCCCUGCUCUAGAAAAUUCACAAGCGAUUCUUCUGGAAGUUCUUCAAGGGGUUUCUCCUAAAGCUACUCCAGACAUUGCAUUGGAUUUAUUCCACACUUUCUUUAGGGACUUUUUCAAAAGUUUCUCUUAACAAUUCCUGCAGAAAUAACGGCAGUAUCUAUUCCUUAGCUUAAUUUUUUUUUUGAAGAAAUUUUUCAAUGAAUACCUGCAGAGCGUUCUCUAGUUCGUCCAGGUAUUUUUCAAAGAUUCCUGUUAUUUUUUUUGUUUUAAGUUUCUCUAGUAGUUCUCCAAAUGAUUCCUCUAUGAUUUUUUGUUGUUUCUGCAGGAUUUUAUUCAGAAAAUUUCUUCAGGUAGUAGCUUUGGGAUUUUUGCUUACAAAUCUUCUCAGCAAUAACAGAUGAAAUAUUUCUGAGAAUUUCUUCAGAAUUAUCUUCAGGAUUUCUUCCAAGGGUUGCUCUAGGGAUCCCUGGAAAAUUCAAUGGCGGGUGUCUUCCAGAAUUCCGCCAGUACCCUAGUCUGCAUUUUCUGUAAGAUGAAGAAACCCCUUGAUUGGCAUCGGAAGGAUCACCUUUACUUCUUCGGACACGCCCCUCUGGCGCUCCCUUAUUGAGGAAGCCAUCUGGUAACGCACAACUUGAGGAAGUGUUGUACUAGCGUAAGUUAAAAAACACAAUAAUAAAGAAAAAAAUCUGUUAGACAUUUGUUAAAGAUUCCUUCAGCUUUUCUUCUACGGAUUUUUCCAGGGAUCCCUCCAGGAUUUUUUUUUAGUAUUUUCUCCUUGGGAGAACUAGCAGAGCUCCUCCAGAAGUCUAUUUUUUAUCUGAGCAAAAGGAGGUAUCUUUAGGCUGUUAGAAACCCAAAAUGACCGCCACAAUGGCCGACUUUUGCACCUAUUCACGAUUAUAGGCGCACAAAUCUCAUGAAAUAUUCUUAUUACAAGCUUUACAAGUGAACAAGAACAAAAUAAAAUGUCAUUUUUCUUCUUGCUUCUUGAGAUUUGUGCAUUUAAAGUUCUGGUGCACAGUUGAACCGAAAUUAC